GGCAGUCGCGGGAGUAGAGCUUUGGCCCGGUUGCAGAUCUAAGAGAUAAUUUGGAUGUAACGCCGCCUGGAUUUGUUUGCUGCUUCUCGUUUGCUUGCUCGCUGGAUUAAUUGCAUUGGCUCGGGGAAUCUUGCUUUUUUCUUUUUUCUUUUUUUUUUUGAGGAAUUCUCUCAUCAUCGCUCCGGGGUUUUUUGCCUCGGGACUCGUGGCUGCCUCUGCCACAGCCACCUCCUUCUCUCUCAGGACGGAGGGACGCCUUGCUCCAGGCUCCGCCGACUUGGACUUCGGGAUCUCGGCUUCUCUGUUUCCGACUAGUUUGGGAGCUCCUUCCACUGUGGAUUACAGUUGCACCAUGACCUUGGAAGAAGUCGUGGCCUGCGAGAGUGCCGCUCAGAAGAUGCAGACGGUUAGCAAUGCAGUGGAGGAGCUGCUCGUAGCGGCGCAGCGCCAAGACCGCCUGACAGUGGGCGUGUAUGAGUCGGCUAAGCUGAUGAAUGUGGACCCAGACAGCGUGGUCCUUUGCCUCUUGGCUAUCGAUGAGGAUGAGGAGGAUGACAUCGCCUUGCAGAUCCAUUUCACGUUGAUUCAAGCAUUUUGCUGUGACAACGACAUAGAUAUAGUUCGGGUGUCUGGGAUGAGGAGGUUGGCCGAGCUGCUGGGGGAGCCGGGGCCCACGGAAGAGAGCGAGGAGUCCCGGGAUCUGCACUGCCUGCUGGUCACGAAUCCUCAUACUGACUCGUGGAAGAGCCAUGGACUGGUAGAAGUGGCUAGCUACUGUGAGGAAAGCCGAGAGAACAACCAGUGGCUCCCCAACAUCUCCCUCCAGGAGCGCUGAUAGCCUUCCCCAAACUUGAAAAAUUGCUGCCUUGCAGACACAUUUAAAAAAAAAAAACAACCCCCCCCUUCCCAAACCACACCAGAACCCAACCAUCAAGACCACUGUCGGGAAGAGGUGUAAGGGACAGAAUGUUCUUGCUGAAAUGGGGUGAAGAAACACCUGGAACCUCUGUCAGGCCCUAGUGGAGUCUGGGGUCAGGAAUGACAGAGCUGAGAGGUGGAACUGUGUCGGCCUCAGGAAGAUCCACCAGCCAGAGCGAGAAGGUGACAAUGGGGCUGUGGAACCCAGGGAUACCUGGAGUUCAGUGAUUGGGUCGGGGAAUUAGGAGGAAGACCUGCCUUUCCCCCACCACUAAGGGAUUAUGCAUGGAGGCAAGAUGGUCGGGCUGCCCCUUCGGCCAGCCACAAUGGCCUGUUAACUGUUGCAAAUGGGAGUUGGCAUUUGCAACCAAGACUUGAUGGUGGGAGGUCUAGAGAGACCUACUGAGACCGGGAGCCUGGGACAGGCUGCUGCUGCUGUGUAUGUAGGAGCUCCCAGUCUGCAAACAAUAUAUAUACAUCUAUUUUUAUGUUAUUGCACUAAUCGAGCCGUUUGAGAAGAGAAGACAAGUUUAUAUCAAUAUAUAUAUAUAUUUUUUUUUGUGUGUGUGUGUGUCUAAUGCUGGUUUGGUAAUAAAUUUCUGCACUCUCCGGC